AAAGGCGCAGCGCCAUUUUGCGCUUCCUCCCCGCGCGAGGACUUUCUCACAGUCUGCGCUGCCCCUGUGCAGGGGUUAGCAAGUUCGGCUGAGCCGGUCUGUGAAGCGAUCGCCCCUCUCCUGCGCUCCGUCCCUCUCUGCCCUCAGAGGGGAGGAACGGACUGACGGACUCCCGCCGGUCAGUGGGAGAAGCUGCUCGACUGUCAAAACACACAGGAAACAGAAGACGCGCCGGUCGCUGGAGCAGCACGAGCGGCCGGUCUCCGAGGAUCCCUGAUGGAUGCGAGGAAAGCGCACGAGUUCGUACGUUUCAUCUGGCACAACCGCGGAUCCCCGCACUUUCACUGAGGUCCUGCUGUGUGAAUGGGAAGAGGGAAGGGGAGGUGGGGGGCGACUGGUGGGCGCUGCUGACGAAGUUCGGAGCCCCCAGCCAUGACUCCCGAUGACCCCGCCCAGGAGCGACUCAUCCUGUGCAUAACCCUGCCCCUGUCCACCGCCAUCAUCCUGGCCAACCUGCUGAUCAUCCUGGGCAUCGCCAGCAACCGCCAGCUGCACAACACGCCCAACUACUUCUUCCUCAGCCUGCUGGUGGCGGACCUGUGCACGGGCGUGGCCCUGCCCUUCAUCCCCCGCAUGGGCCUCAGCCGCGACCUGGACUUCAGCGCCUGCCUGCUGGUGCACAUCUUCCCCAACUUCCUCUUCCUGUCCUACCUCUUCAACCUGGUGAUGGUGCACUACGAGCGCUACCUGUGCAUCGCCAGCCCGCUGCACCACAGCCAGUUCUGGGUCCACCGCUGCUUCCCCCUGGCGCUGCUCACCGUGUGGGCCCCACCCCUCCUCUACGCCUCCCUGCCCGCCUUUGGCUGGAACAACUGGGUCUCCGCCUCCAACGCCACCUCCAGCGCUGGGGGCGGGAACGGCUCCGCCCCCUCCGGCCUGGGCGAGGAGGGCUGCUCGUACAGGCUGGUCUUCCCCAACACAUUCAUCUACCUGGAGGUGUACGGGCUCCUGCUCCCCGCCAUCCUGUCCAUCGUGGGCAUGACGGGGCGGGUCCUGUGGAUCGCCCGGCGGCAGGUGCGCGACCUGUGCAAGCUGCGGCGCUCGGUGGAGCGGGCGCAGGCGGUCACGGCCGAGCACAGGCUCAACCUGCGCUACGCCAAGUGCGUGGCGGCCGUCUCGCUGGUGUUCGUGGCCUGCUGGGUGCCCUACAUCGUCUACGUGCACGUGUCCGUGGGCCUGCUGCGGCGGGGCGGGGCCGGGGGCGGGCCGGGGGGUGGGGCCUCCAGCACACACAUCGUCCUGUCCUGCACGGGCAUCGGCAGCAUGGCCAUCAUCCCCGUGGUCCUGGGCCUGGCCAACCGGCAGUACACCGACCCGGCCCGCAGGCUGCUGCACACCCUCAGGGCCCGCUGGAGGCGGAGGGAGCCAGGCGACAUCGCGCUCUGACCCCCCCCCCCCCCCCCAGCAGACCCCAACCCUUACGGGACCACCCCCCUGUGGGGCCCGGCCGGCCUUGUUUGAGCCGCUCCAUUUCCCCCCCGCUCCCUCGUGGGCCCAGGAGGAACCCCAGUGCCAAAGACCCGUCCAACGGUUGCUGCCUGUGUUGGUUCCGUUUGGUUUUUACACCUUUCUUCCCUGGCAACAUGGCAACAUUUGUGAACCAUCAUCAUGGAUUGGUUCAGUAUUGUAAACCAUCGUCAUGGAUUGGUUCGGUAUGAAACUACUUGGAUUUCUUUUUUUCACGAAUCCAAGAAAUUAUGUUUAGGAUGCAUCACACACACGUUUUAGGACUUGUUUAAGUGACAGUAUUUAUAACAAGGGCGGAAAACCUUCCUGGAGGGUCGGCAUGGACACUGACCGAUCAUUCUGGCCUUCGUUUGCAAUGGCUCUGUCCUCUGAUGCGGUUUCUCUCCAAUAUCGGAUGACAGUAAAACAUUUUCACUACGGAUACACGUUUAAGUCUGCAGCUGCAGCCCAGUUUAAUGGAAAAUGUCUGGCCUAAUGGAUGAUUGAGCCAAUUAAAUAGAACAGAAGUGGGCGUGUAAGGCCUUAUUUUGCACCCCUGAUUUAUGUCUUUGACAUAAAUUGCAAGGCAUUACAAUGCAACUAUCAGCCCUCUGGUUUUGAAAACUGAAAAAAUUAUUUUUUUUGUGGAUGAUAUCUGAAAUGGUAAAUAAAUUUUUAAAAUGUUGCAAUGGAAAUAGUCACACUGGCAACUGUGGUGAAUCAUGGUCCUGAAGUAAUAAAAUAUAAUUAUUCAGAUUUUUAUUCGGUCCAAUUUCUCACGACCUUCCCCCUCUUCUGAUAAGCGGAACUGAAAGAGUCGCUGCGGACGAAGAGUGAGUCAGUUAGCCUAUAUUCAGAGUUUGGGAGGAUGGUGGUUUUCACAAUAACCCAUGUGGACCAAGGAUGACCUUUCAGAUGUGGUAAAACAGCCCACUUCCUGUUCAUUCUUUCACAGCCAUUAUGCGCAACGUCUUUACGUUUGGCCUGGCAUAAACACAAGAGAAACUGGCCACUUGGGUCCAGUUAAAAUGGCAGACGUUCUCGACUCGACGGACGUCACCGCUUCCUGUUUACAGAGCGUGAGUGACGUCCAUUUGACACUCACAUCCGACACUCACAUGGUAAAAAACGUGGGGACAGAAUAAGGGACGUUAUUUUACCUUAUGGCAACGUGCUGGCAAACUCAAUGUUUAAAGGUGGAUGGCAGUACCUGAAUGAACACCUCAAAAUGAUAAUGUGAAGAGAACUGCACUCAUAGGUGGUGGUGGUGGGGGUUGUGGAAAGGAAAUUUCUACAAGCACUGCUGUGCAGUUUGCACAUGUUGUGCUUACAGAACUGAUUAAUAUAUGCGACCGCUAAAGAGAAAGUUCUCGCAUGACCAAAUGUUCCAUAAAAUGCAUUCCUGUAUAUCCUCCUAACAACCAGCAAUGCAUCUGUGUCCCCUGUAAGGGACAUGUGUUCCAUCUCUAUAUUCUACUGUGCUGAAACAUACACUACAAUGAACAUCCAUAGACUCACCAAAAUUCUUAAGGCAUGCUGUGCUGAUGAGAGUAUACAUUUCUAGACAAUCAAAUGUUUCUUGCUGUUUGGCUUAUUGUUUUUUUACCAACAGUGACAAAAUACGAAGAUUUACAAAUUGCAUCAUAAAACGGCACUAAUCCGGCGGCUGUGAGCCGAGCCAGCGACGCGUAACGGCAGGAGCUGUCGCGACACGCAAACACGGGCUCGUUAUCGCUAUCGUAGGCCUUGCACGGGAGUGCUUGUGAAAGAGAGGUCUGGAUACAUUCUCAGAUGUCUCGCCGAACGUCAGCAUGCGGUUUCAGCAGCUUCAUCAUCGGUGGACUUUUUCCCUUCAGCCAGUAAAGUUCUGCUAUUUUCACUGCUUAUCAAGAACACCUAAAAAUAAAUGUCCCCCUGUUGCCACAUUUAACUUAUCUGAGAAUCUGGUUUUCAUUCUGGCUAGUGGCCAUGGAACACGAUUAAAACCAAUCCUAUUGACAGGUGAUUUAAAACAGUCUUAAAAACCUCCAUGGGUCUUGAUGGUAUCACUUAGGCCUAUAUUUGACUUCCCUGGGGCAAAUUUGUCAAACCAUAAGCCAAUAUGGCACAAUCCAUUUUUUCCAAUACUAAAAAUGUAAUGCCACAAACUUUCCGCUACUUGACCUAGAUUAUUUUUGGUUUUACACAUUUACAGUACAAGGUUGCUCGUGAGGGUAAAAUUUUAAAGUUGAUCUACAGCAUGAAAACACAAUUUUCUAAGCCUCUUAUUUCCAAAAUGAGCUAGCUCUAAUUUCCUUUAGGUUUGAUUAAAGCCAUUCAAAACAGAAUAACCAGUGUUGUCUUCUUUGCUUUGGUUACCUGUUAGAGCUAUGUUUGCAUUUUAGGGAAGUUUGCAGAGGAUCAGUAGCCUACAGACCAAAGUAGUGAGACCAGAAAAGAUUACUAGAUCAGAAAGUUUUCAGUGUGUAAAACAAAGCAGUGUAUCAAAAUAUCAAAACUUUUUUUUUUUUUAAUCAUACACUUCCUUUACCUUUGCACAAUACAGUACACAACAAAUGCAUAUACACAUAUUUAAAGAACAUUUUAAAGUAUUACUGGAUUGUAGGAUUUCGCUACUCAUUAGUAGCCUAAAGGGUAUUUUGGUGGUCACUCAAAAGUGCUCAAGUGACCGAGGUUUCUCCUUGGUAGCCUAAACCAUGGCAUAACCUGCAACCGUUGUUUUCUCUUUUAUAAAUUUAUCUUUAAUGCCUAAUUUAAUUUAAUUGCUGUAUUUUUUCCUGAUGUAAUUGUUUUCUGAUUUUUGAAGCCCUUGACACCUCGUUUGAAGACAGCUAUAGAAAUAAAAUGUAUUGGAAUA